AUGAGGAAUAUUGAUAAGACGGGACUUCCUGGCAAGUACAAGGCCUGGAUAUUCCAGCAUGGCCUGCUUCCCCGGCUGACCUGGCCACUGAUGUUGUAUGAGAUAGGGGUAACAACAGUAGAAGGCUUGGGGAGAACAAUCAACAGGCAUUUACGGCGUUGGCUUGGAGUACCACCAUCUUUCUCCAGCAUAGGAUUGUAUAGCAGAACGUCCAAGCUACAAUUACCAUUCACUUCGUUAGUAGAGGAGUACAAGGUAGGAAAGGCCAGACUCAUCAUGACACUGAAGACUUCAAAGGAUGAGAAAGUCAGGCAGGCAGGCGUUCAUGUGAGAACAGGGAGGAAGUGGUCGGCAAGCAGGGCUGUUGAGGACGCAGAAAGCAGGCUGAGACACAAAGAUAUAGUUGGGACAGUAUGUCAGGGCAGACAGGGUCUAGGAACAACACACAGACAGUCAUGGAGAACGACAGACACAGGAGAGAGAAGGGGGAUGGUACAGAGUGAGAUUAGAGCUCAGGAGGAGGAGGGAAGGAAGAAAAAAGCUGUGGAGAUGGGCUGUCAGGGCGCAUGGACAAGAUGGGAGACUGAGGAACGGCAUUUGACCUGGAAGGAUAUCUGGCGAUAUCAACCAGCACAACUGAAAUUCCUGCUGCGGUCAGUCUAUGACGUCCUGCCAUCACCAGUCAAUCUCCAUAGAUGGGGUUUGGUACCUGACCCAGACUGUGUACUGUGUGGCAAGAGAGGGACCUUGGACCAUGUGUUAACAAGCUGCCAAACGGCACUGACACAGGGCCGGUACACAUGGCGACAUAAUGAGGUGCUCCGGGAGCUUGCAGACAUCCUAGAAAGGGAGAGGAAAGCACAGAGGAAAGUAAAGAAGAAGAUGGUUACCAUCAGAUUUGUUAAGGAGGGACAGAGUGUGCCAGUGCAGGGAACCAACAAGAAGAGUGGCCUGCUAGAGAUGGCAGACGACUGGACCAUGGAAGUGGAUCUACAUGGAAGAUCAUCUUUUCCGAACAUAGUCCAGACGUCCCUUAGGCCAGACAUUGUGCUGUGGUCUAGGGGAGAGAAGAAGCUACUACUAGUAGAGCUGACCGUGCCAUGGGAAGAGAGAUGUGUACAGGCAAAUGAGAGGAAACGUGCCAAGUAUGAGGACUUGUUGGCUGAGUGCUGGGAGCAGGUAUGGCAGACAUGGAACUUCCCUGUAGAGGUUGGGUACAGGGGCUUCCCUGCACAGUCAGUGUGGAGGACGCUCAGCGCGCUGGGACUGACAGGCCUGGAAAGGAGGAGAGCAGUACAGAGGCUCGCCCAAGCAGCUGAACGUGCCUCCAGUUGGGUUUGGAGGAAGAGAGAGGAGAGUACCUGGAAGCCAACCGUUGGAGCACAGUGA